AUGCCUGCCACAAAAAAGAAGUCGACUCCCAAGCCUAGAGUCGCCAAGAAGAUCGAGUCGGAAUCUCCUCCAGCAAAGAUUCCCUCUACCCCCAUGGAGAGGACCGAAAGACAGAACAGGUUGCACAAAAGGUCGCGUUCUGGCUGCUUCACAUGUCGUCUGCGCCGGAAGAAAUGCGACGAGAAACAUCCCUCCUGCAGUGCCUGCAACAACCUCCGUGUCCAAUGCGAAUACAAGCGCCCGAUUUGGUGGGGGAACCCUGAGCACCGGAGACACCAAAAGGAGGAGAUCAAGAACAAAAUCAAGCAGACAAAAAUGAGCGAGCGCAAUGCUAGCGUGACAGAUCCUCUUAUUCGUCGCAACCUGGUCGCUUCGCCUGUCACCCCCCCGGAAUACGAGUUUAGCUAUCCUGUCAUGUCGGAACAAUACGACCUUUUUGCUCCCUCGCAGAUGCCUGUCGCUACCAUGGACACCGUCGCAUACGGUCCCUACGGCCCCUACGAGAUUGAUGUCAAGACUGAGCGACAGACCUACAUCAAUGAUGUUCCAUUGCGCCACGACUCGUCAAUAUCCACAUUCAGCUCAUUCGCUCCUCCCCAGAUCGAUGCGCCACUUCCGACAUUCCCAGGGGACGAAUGGCUCCAGGAUGAUUGCUUUACCCAGAUCCCGACCCUCGAGGGCAUCGACCCGGCUUUGUGCGACACGGACACGGCUGAAAGCUACACAACCAUGCAGAGUAACAUUCCCGUGAGCGACCAAGACCGGCCACUCCUGGACCACUUCAUCCACAAUGUGAUGCGCUUGAUUUUCCCGGUUUUGGAGGCGCACCAGCAGGGACAGCCUCGUGCGCAGACCAUCCUCCGUGCCCUAGAAACAAACAAGUGCUACCUCCACUGCUGUCUCAGUGUGGCCGCCAUCCAUCUCAAGACCACAGUAGGAAUCGUUUCAGAGCAGAUCGACCACGACAUCAUGCGCCACCGCUACGAAGCCGUCUCCCAACUCUGCCAGGCCCUGGGCCAAGACGUCGACCACGAGGAAAUCCUCGACGCAACCCUCGCCAUGAUCUUCUUCCACUGCUCCGUCGGUCCCGCGGAUGACUACCUCCCCGACAUCCCCUGGUUCGACCACUUCCAAGCAGCCUCGAACCUGGUCAACCGCCUCGGCCUGCCGACCGAGAUGCUUAGCGCCGGAAGCCCCUACAUGCCCUCUCCUCCGUUCAACAUGACCCUCGCCGCAUGGAUCGACAUCCUCGGCUCGACCAUGCAAGGAACAACCCCCCAAUUCGCCCACACCUACCGCUCCAAGCACCUCAGCGGUUCUUCCUCCGGUCUCCGCGAGCUCAUGGGCUGCGACGACCGCGUCAUGUACCUCAUCUCCGAAAUCGCCUGCCUCGACGCCCUCAGAACCUCCGGCCGCAUCGACUCCAUGGCCGUUUGCUCGCAUGUCUCCGCGCUCGGCCAACAACUCGAAUUCACCGAACCCGCCGACCAAACCCUCGAACACCCGUACUCCCCGACUACGGGUGCCAUCCGCACCGACGUCCUGACAAAGAACAUGACCCGCCUCUUCCGCAUCGCCGCCCGCAUCUACCUCUGCAGUCUCGUGCCCGGCUUCGACCGCAACCAACCCAGCACCAUCAACCUGGUCUCCGCCUUCAUCGAAACAUUGAACUACAUCCCCACAGGACCAACCGGCUUCGACCGCUCGCUCGUCUGGCCUUUGCUCAUCACCGGCUCGUUCUCGUCGCCGGGUAGUGAAUUCCGCACCAUUCUCGCUCAGCGCGCAGCUUCUCUUGAGGAGCACGCAGAACUCGGCAGCUUUGGUCGCAUGUACCGUCUACUGCAGGAAGUCUGGCGCCAGGCGGACGAGCUUGAGGAGCCAGUUUACAUGCCAGAGGAACUCUACUCGAACCCGUCUGAGGGCUCUGGUUCUGGCUCCGCGAGCCCCGUCGCGAAACUAGAACGUUCCGCGUCGCCAGAACACGCGCCUUUAAUGGCCGCGCCAAAGCAGACAGUUAGCUGGAGGGACAUUAUGCAACGCAACGGGUGGCAUUACUUGCUCAUUUAA